AUGCCAGCGACAGUGGAUACCUCGCUACCUGGAAGCGCCACCGGUGCGGCAGCUGAAUUCGCAGCGGAUCACGCCGCUGAGCAUCCCCUCAAGUUAUACGGAGGCUGGUUCUGUCCGUUUGUCCAACGGACCUGGAUCGUGUUGCACGAGAAACGCAUUCCGCAUCAAUAUGUCGAGAUCAAUCCGUACGCUAAAGCACCUGAGUUCCUAGCGCUCAACCCACGCGGACUUGUUCCUACAUUAGCAGUUCCCGUUGAUGCAGAACUCAAAGGAAAUAAGCGGAAGCCGUUGUACGAAAGUGCUGUCGUGUGCGAAUAUCUCGAUGAGGCGUAUGUUGACGAGAAGGAAAAUGGUCCUGGAUUAUUACCCCGCGACCCGUAUGAGCGCGCUAGAUGCAGACUCUGGAUUGAUCAUAUUAGCAGUAAGAUUAUACCGGGCUUCUAUAGAGUGCUGCAACACACUUCCGAUAAGGGAUAUAGCAUCGAAGAGGCGCGAGAAGGUUUCCUAGGCCAAAUUAAAACACUAGUAAAAGAGAUUCUAGAAAAUGAGAAAGAUGGCGAAGAUAGCGGACUGUGGUUUCUCGGCCGUACGUUCAGCUUGGUGGAUGUUAUGCUUGCACCCUGGGCGAAGCGCCUCUUCCUUAUUGAUCAUUACAAGCCCGGCGGAGUGGGUAUCCCGGCUCCGGGACAGGCCGGUGACGAGGAAGAAGAGAAGGUAUGGUCAAGAUGGAGGAAAUGGUAUGAUGCGAUAAUUGAGCGUCAGAGCGUCAAAGAUACUUGGAGCGCUGAUGAGCAGUAUAUCGCUGCGUAUAAGAGAUAUGCGGAAGAUACGACACAGUCUGAAGUCGCGCAGGCUACAAGAAAGGGCGAAAGGCUUCCGUGA